CUCAUAAACUUUUUGGGCAUUGAGAAGUUCUGCUAGGAAAUCGUCUCUGUGAAAGUGAAAACGAAACAACUUUUUUGUGUUGGGUAAUUUCUCCUCGUCAUUGGUUUCAUCGACAUUGAUUACAACCAGAAUGGCUACGGCUACGUUUCACCAAUCAAUCGUUUCAUUUGCUUCUCCUUCUUCCACAAUCUCUCAAUGUGGAUUCAAGAUCGAUUCUUCACUGAGUUUUACCUCAAAAAAGAUAAACUUUUGCAAGAUUAAAGCAAUGGCAUCAGUUUCUUAUAACAACACUCUCUUGUCUCCUUCCAAGACCAUCCCUGACAAUUCUCUAAAGAAAUCAAAUGAAGCAGCUUUGAUAUUGAUUAGGCAUGGAGAAUCUUUGUGGAACGAGAAGAAUCUUUUUACGGGCUGUGUUGAUGUGCCAUUGACUGAGAAAGGUGUUGAAGAAGCUAUUGAAGCAGGGAAGAGGAUUAGUAACAUACCUGUUGAUGUUAUCUUUACAUCGUCUUUGAUUCGUGCUCAGAUGACUGCAAUGCUUGCUAUGAUUCAACACCGUCGUAAGAAGGUUCCGAUUAUCUUGCACGAUGAAAGCGAACAGGCGAAAACUUGGAGUCAAGUUUUCAGUGAUGAGACUAAAAACCAAUCCAUUCCUGUCAUACCCGCUUGGCAGCUUAAUGAAAGAAUGUAUGGAGAAUUGCAAGGUCUUAACAAGCAAGAAACAGCGGAAAGAUACGGGAAACAGCAAGUUCACGAAUGGCGUAGGAGUUAUGAUAUUCCUCCUCCCAAAGGCGAGAGUUUGGAGAUGUGUGCUGAGAGAGCAGUGGCUUAUUUUCAGGACAAUAUCGAACCAAAGCUUGCAGCUGGAAAGAACGUAAUGAUAGCUGCUCACGGGAACUCGCUGCGGUCUAUCAUAAUGUAUCUUGACAAAUUGACUUGCCAGGAGGUGAUAAGUCUAGAGCUAUCGACCGGAAUACCUCUUCUCUACAUAUUCAAAGAAGGCAAAUUCAUGAAGCGGGGAAGCCCGGUUGGUCCAACAGAAGCCGGUGUCUAUGCUUAUACCAAGAGAUUGGCUCAAUACAGACAGAAGCUAGAGGAAGACAGUGAAGUAAUCUGUUCCUGAAGUAAACUAGAAAGAUUGGUUCUUGAUCUACUCAACCCUCUUCCCUCAACCUUAGGAACGUAGGGGCAGUUUACAAAGCAUAUAUAACUGCUGAUCUUGUUCUUUUUUUCUGGUUCUUUUUUCAUUCAUAUGUGUCAUAUCCAUUGUUACCUGAAGGAUAAUGUUCAAACCUCACGUUUCCUUCUUUAAAGCCAGACACUUGAUGAUGUUGUGUUUGUUGUUAUUGCCAUAUUCUUUAAGUAAACAAGUAGUAUUAUUCUGUGAAA